AUGACGUCCCAGAAGUCACAGCAAGGACAGUCAGGUGCAGGCAAAAAGCUAUAAAAAAAAAGCGCAAGGCUCAACAAUCAGUUCGCCUCCAGGAAAGAAAGCAAAACAUCUCCACAGGAGAAGAAAUCGAAAACCAUUUUUCAUAAAGAAUAGAAUGGCCUUCGUUCAUCACGAGCCUCGCGAGUGUACUAAAUCAGAGCUGGAUCUUUUUACUAUUUCUGCUACACAAACCUCUAUUCACAAAGGGCAAUGGAUUGAAUAUCAUCCUCUCAGCAACAUCACGGACACUGGUCCUAUUGAAUUUAACGUAUCUGGAACCGGAGAAGAAUAUUUAGAUUUAGCGCGGACACAACUUUAUGUGAAAGCUAAGAUCACGAAAGCAAACGGAACCGCGUUAGAUGCCGAUACACAAGUGGGUCCCGUAAACCUGUUUUUACAUUCCCUGUUUUCACAAGUAGACGUUUCCUUGAAUGAGCGACUUAUAUCUGCAUCCACUAAUACUUACCCUUAUCGCGCCAUGCUCGAGUUUUUGCUGAACUACGGAGAAGAAGCUAAAACAAGUCAACUUUCUAUGGCCAUGUUUUACAAAGAUACUGCUGGAAAGAUGAAUGUAGUGAACCCCUUGGCUGCAGACGAUGAAGCAAACCUUGGAUUAAAGGCUCGCUAUGAGUUUACCAAAGAGAGUCAUACGGUGGAUAUGAUGGGACCCAUUCACAGUGAUAUAUUCUUUCAAGACCGGUUGAUGCUCAAUGGAGUUAAUUUAGGAAUCAAACUGAACCGAGCCAAGAAUGUGUUUUGUCUUGUGUCCUCAGCAGCCGGAGCUAAUUUCAAAGUGGUUAUCACAGAAGCCAUCUUGUUUGUACGCAGAGUCAAGGUUGCCUCUUCUAUCAUUCUAGGCCAUGCAGCUGGGCUAAAACACUCCAGCGCCAAGUACCCCAUUCGCAGAAUCGACUGUAAAGUGCUCUCUAUUCCAAGAGGAUUUAGCAGUUUUAACCCUGACAACAUCUUUUUGGGUCAAAUUCCCAAGCGCAUAGUAUUGGGAUUAGUGGACACAGAGGCUUACAAUGGGAGUUACCGUACCAACCCCUUCAACUUCAAUCACCACAAUUUAACUCAAGUGGGUGUGUACGUGGACGGAGAACAAAUCCCCCGAAAACCUUUCCUGAAGUUUGACGCCGCUGGUGGUCAAAAUGUGAUAGCCGGCUAUCAAAGUCUUUUCUCUGGUAUUGGAAAGCUUUCCCAAGAUAUGGGCAAUCAGAUAAAUAGAAGUGAUUACGGCUCCGGUUAUACCUUAUUCGCAUUUGAUUUGACCCCAGAUCACUGCCCGGGAGAUCAUUUUGAGCUUAUAAAACAAGGAAACCUGCGCUUGGAGCUUCAUUUCUCGGAAGCACUCGCCAACACGGUCAACCUUAUCGUCUACGCUGAAUUUCAAAACGUGAUUGAGGUCGACGCAAACCGAAACGUUCUCUACGACUACACAAACUAG